GGACCGGGUCUCAGCGGCAGAUCGAUCGGCUCCCAGGAUCAACUCCAUCCCCAUCCCUCUUUGUCUCCCAGCGCACCUCGGGGCAGCGCUCUCCUCCCCACUGCAUGUGGCUCUUGGAGAAAGCCGGCUACCGGGUGGACGGCGCGGGAGCCGGCGCGCGGUGGGCACCCUGCAGCCUGUUCCCGCCACGCUGGGGCCGGGGCUCGUGCCCAGCGCACGCGUGUCCCAGCAACGUGCUCACGCCGGAGCGCAUCCCCGCGUUCUUCAUCCCUCCCCGACACGCCCGGGCGCCGUUCUGCGGCCGCGCGGACGGGGCCGAGCCUCCUCCUCCGCCGCCGCCGCCGCCGCCCGCCGCCUGCUCGUUAGCGCACCUGGCGGGCCGCGCGGGCGGGGCCUUCCUGGACGAGAGUCCGCACACGCGCCGCCGCGAGUCCCUGUUCCACGCGCCGCCCGCCGGCCCGUCCGCGCGCAGCCGCCUGCACGUCUCCGCCCCGGACCUGCGCCUCUGCCGGCCCGCCCCGUCGCCCGACACGUCGCCUCGGGGGGGCCCGCCGGCUCCCGGCACGCCGACGCCGACGCUGACGCCGACGCCGACGCUGACGCCGACGCGCGCGCUCGACGCCGCGGACGCGCGCACGCCGCGCCGCCCCUGGCCGCCCGCGCCGCCGCCGCCGCUCUUCCACGCCGACGUCCCGUGCUGCCAGCUGCGGCCGGCCAAGGACAGCGUGCUGCGCCUCGGGCCGCGCGGAGGACGCCUGCGCCUCUGCACCGACUACCAAGCCGGAUCGCGGAGGCUGAGGCUCCGCCUGGUGAGCGCCGAGGAUCUGCCCGGGAGCCGGGUCGAUCCCGGCUGCGGAGGAAGAGGAGGAGGAGGAGGAGGAGGAGGAGGAUGCUGCGUGGUGCUGAGGUUGCAGCCGAGCGCGAGGCCCCGGGCCCAGCGGAGCCGAGUGGUCAAGCGCAGCUCCAACCCCAUCUUCAACGAAGACUUCUUCUUCGAAGGGCUCGGCCCGCCGGACCUGGCCAGUCGUACUCUGAGAGCCAAGGUGCUGGACCGGGGCGCGGGGCUGCGCAGGGACGUGCUGCUGGGCGAGUGCGAAACGCCCCUCUUGGCCCUGCUGCCUCCUCUGGGUGGGAGUCUAGGUCCAGGGUCCGCCCUGGCACCUGCCCAUCUCAGCCUGUAAGGUUGGAGGUCUCCACUGGGUUCCGCAGCCCCUCAUCUUGCCUACUUUGACCAGCGAGUGUAUUUAUUUAUUUUUUGUUAAUAAAACAUCUGGAUGCACCUAG